AAUGCACUUGAUACUGACAAAAAUAAUCAGCUUGUCUUUCACGAUCAUUGUGCAUGGUGUAUUGUAGGAGAGUUUGAUUUACCCCAACAUUUUCCGAGUCUGCUCUUUUAGACAAGCUUCCUAGCCUAUAGAUACGAGGGGAACAUGGCACCGAGUGUUGUACUCAUAACAGGUUGCUCGACAGGAAUGGGGCUUGCAACUGCUGUGCAUCUGGCUACAAAAUCCAAACAUGAUUUCAAGGUUUAUGCAACCAUGCGAAAUCUGGCGAAGAAGGGACAACUUGAAACAGCCGCCGGGGAAACCCUCGAAAAAACGCUAUUUAUCCGGGAGCUUGAUGUCACAAAAAACGACACCAUCACGUCGUUAGUUGACGAGAUUGUGCGAGACAACGGCAGAAUCGAUGUUGUCUUUAACAAUGCCGGCUUCUCUGUAUUUGACGACUACUUCAUGGGAGAUGAGCCCCUCGACGCGGCUAAGACUAUGAUGGAUACCAACGUGUGGGGUCCCACACGGGUCAUGCAAGCCGUACUGCCCGUCAUGAAGAAGCAGAAAUCGGGCCGCAUCAUCAAUACUACGAGCGGGGAGGGCAUAGAAGGAUAUCCCUUUCAUGGCUUCUACUCUGCCUCGAAGUUUGCUUUGCAGGGUCUUUCCGAAAAUCUGUCGCCGAUCCUACGGCAAGUCUACAACAUCAAACUCAGCGUCCUCGUUCCCGGUCCUGUCUACAACCCGUCUUUCGCUAUAAUCAUGGACCCGGCCUUCAAGCCCGAGUACAUUUGCGGCAAGUGGGACAGCCCCUCCCAGGAGGUCUUCUUGGAUUACUGGCAGCGGGACAUGCAGCCCAUCAUUCAGGCCUACCAGCAGCCCGAGGAAGUGGCCGAGCUGGUGGAGCGGAUCAUACUGAGCGAGGACCCAUAUGUCCGGUACCCCACAGGCUCUUUGAUCGCUAAGAGAAUGGCCGACCAGCUGAUCGAUCCCACCGGAAACGUGGCGGGAGGCUUGUAUCAUUCCUUUAAACAAUAAGUUCACAUAAUGGUGUUUUUGUCUUAGUAAAACGACGGACUUACAGUGAAAUUUCGAUAAGUCAAAACCGUUUAAUUUGAAAAUCCUGUUAGCUGGAAGUAAGAACGUAUUCCCGUCAGACGAAUAGCUAAUCAUGUAUGAACAUGCCCACGCUUACUUGAAAUUUCGAACUGGAAACUCAGUUAAGUCGAACUCAACAUCGCCAGGUGUAGAAAUAAACUUGCGUAAUUAGGCCACAGAAGAAACUGGAAUACUUUUGUUAAGCUAAGAAAUCCAUCACGACCCUAUCAAUAAACCCAAAACUCUUGUAUAGAAAAGCAACAACGAGGCUAUUAGUAGGGGUGGGUAUUAGCCCAUACUUUUUUUAGCUGCCCCCCUCAAAAUAUGUAGUGACCCAUGGGAAUCAAGGGAAAAAUACUUAACAAAUUAUUUGAGACCGUUAACCCCUCUGUACAUGGCCCUCAAAGUGUCAUUUUGAAAAUAUUGUAUGGCGCCCCGACUCUUUGUGCAAAAAGUGUAUGUAACUAUUGUUUGGCUCCAGACUAUUUUCUCCCACACUGGUCUAGCCUUGAAAUAAGUUAGUAAAAUAGAGGAAAUAAAAAAACUUUCCUUAUUUUUUGUUUAAUAAAUCCUUUUGUUUCACCUCUGAAGUGUAUUUUAUCAUAUGUCAUUACAACUUUAACCAUUGCCAAUACAAAUUCUUACUUUCAAAAAGAAAAAAUCUUUGGUUUAAAACUCAUGUCCAUACAGCUUUGUAUGCGGAAUGCAGUUAUAUAUACCAACAGGUCUACUUAUUUUUGUUUUUCCUGGGGGAAAAUAUGUUUUCAGCAUACACCAAAACAAUAAUGAAAAAACAAAACAGUUGAAAAACAUGUUCCUGAAAUUAAAUGGACCGUUGAAAAUUGCCAAAAGAGGAGGAUGGCACUUUUAAUUGUUUGUGAUUUGUUGAAUUUUUCCCGUUUUCAAAGCUUACACGUAACUUGGCUAGUAUUAGUCCAAGUGUUAAACAAGUUAUGUCAGAUAAAUUUACAUGUAUAUGCUGAAUUGAAAGGCAAAAGCAGAGAAUAGUAUAUUUCUAUUCACUCAAAAGUCAUUGCGGGUAUGAUUCAUGCUGAAUGCAUUGUACUACUUAUUUAAGAGAUGUCCAUGGUCGGCUCUGUUGAAAAUCAUCCAUCCUGGCAUCUGCUUUUGUUACCCAAAUAUAGCUUCAGAUUUGCCUAGUCCAGGGCCUAGUCUUCCAUACACUUAUAUACUUAUCAACCUGGUCUGAUGAUACGAAUGGUACUCCCAUGCCUUAUAGUUUAUCCUUGAAUUCAUCCUGUGCAGAAUUCCACUGCACAUUACUUCUGGUAUUGUAAAAUUGUUACACCAGAGUAUUCUCAGAAGGAACCUGGCUAUCUUCGCUCAAUAAGAUCAACAGUUAGUACAUGUAGCUUUGACCAAGUUGACUUGGGCUGAUGAAGCACUAAAUAUAAUUAAUACCAAUAUUUUUACCCACCGCAUAUUAAUUACAAAACAAAAUAUCCAUGAAGUUUACUGCAAGGCAGAUUUCAACAUUGGCAAAGUGGAGGUCACAAACUGUAAACUUAAUUAACAAUCAUGACGUUGGAACUUAAUCCCCCUGAACCGAGUGGUGAUAUUACAAUAAAAAGGAGGUGUUCACGUUUCGUUACUAUUGAUAAUAGCUCCAGACAAACAAAGAAAAGGUCCGAGUAUACAAGUUUCAAAUUAGGAAGGCAGUCACAUGCUCAGGGAAAGUGAGUGGAAAAACAAUCAACCAACUAUGGACCAAAAACAACUUUUUCACAAUCAUGUUGCAAGAAAUGGCCAGUGAAAAGGAACUUAACUUGUUUAAGUAAUCAUUGAACUGCAAGAUAUAUUGCUUUUAAUGACUUAAACCCGCCAACUAUGUCCACAAACUAUGAACAGCUGAUCUCCUGAGUGGCACAAAUGUUUUUAGUACCUUACAAUUUGCCUUUCUUAAGUACAUUGUAAGUCAGGGAACAUGUCAGUUCAACUAGCCAUAGAGGGCGCUAGCCAAACCUUUUUGGCGGCUUGUACAGGGGGUUAAACUUUUAUAUUUGUUUUAAUGCUCGAUUGUCGUUUCUAGUAGGUUACUACAUAUUUUGAAGGGGGAAGAACAUUAAAAAGUUAAAAAAAGUGAAAUAAUACCCAACCCUUCUAUUAGCGUCCGUAGUAUCCUUGAAGCAGCCUAUUCACUGCGGUAUUUCGAAAGUGUCAUUCAUUCCCUUGAGAUUUGACUUGAUUCCGAUAUACCUGGUUGAUAACGUACUUUUUUUGUCCAAAACAGAAACAUUGGAGUUUAGUCAAGCCAAACAUAGUUAAUCACAAGUGGAAGCUUGGCUCUCACAAUGUAGAAUCCUUUUAAAUGUUAGAUCCCAAAAUAACCGUGUCUUCGUCUUUAGAUAGAAUAAAUGGCAUGGUUUUCACUUGUUGGUCCGACGGGUCAACAUGUAUUUGUAGUUAAGUCCCCGUAUAAGUUUAAUAAUCACAUGUAAAUUACAAGUUCCUCGGUCGAUCUCACGGGAAUCUCAGCUCUAACAAUAUGCGAUUCCUUUUAAAAUAAUGACUUCCCAAUUUGGUAUCCUUCUCUCCAGACCUCUCUGCAAGACUCUAGACGGGAUGGGUUUGAUGACAUGUUUUCCUCAGACUGAUGAAUAUGGGACAAAUAGUCAAUGCCUUGUCUUCUUCAACAUUACUCUAUCUUCUUUAUUUGUCCAGUUUAAUAACCUUAAUUAAUGUGAAUCUAAUUAUUAAUUUGUUACUUCUUUUUUCCCUGUCACUUUAAUAUUACAUUAUUGGACUUUAUUAUGAACUCAUUUUGUACGGGUAUAUUGAAGAUUGCAGACAAAAUGUCGAUUGAAUUGAAUUGAGCCCCCUGAGCAAAUCACAAGUCAUUCCACCGCAGGUUCAUAAAUCUCAAGUCAAAUCAAUUGGCUAUUAAACUGAGGUGUG